AUGGUUAAUUUAAGGAUUAAGAUCAAGGAGCCCUGGUUUAGAAAAUAUUAACUAGAAAUCUAGAAAUUAAAAUAAGAAUUAGAUGAAAGAAGUUAAAUGCCAAUUGACUCAAUGGUAGCUGAAUUAGAAAAAGAACGAUAAAAGGCUCUAGAAGAUAAGCAAGAAGUGAUGAGUGCAUAUGAAUAAAGAAACAGAGAUCUGGUUUAGGAAAGAGAAAUGAGAAAGCAAUUGGAAGAAAAGAUAUCAGCCUUGAAUUCAUAAAUGCUUGUUGGAGGGUAGAAGAUUGAAGAAACCCCUUAAUUUUAGAAUGCCCUAGAAAAACAGCAAAAGUUAAUUAGGUAAUAAUAUCAGGAGAGAUUACAAGAAUUGGAAAAAGAGCGGUAGAACAUUGAAGAGGAUAAGGCUCAAACAGACAAAUAUAAAUAAUUGUUACUCAAAUAGAGAGAUAUAAUGAUCGCCUUAACUAACAGAUUGAAUGAAAGAGAUGAAACAAUACUACAAUUAUAAGAGGAACUUGAUGCCUAUGAUAAACUACAAAAGGAACUAGAAGAUAUCAAUUAGACUAAAGAGUCUAGAAUACAAUAAUUGGUGGAACUUCUUAAAUAAAAGGAAGUGGAAAUCCCAAUGAAUUUAGAUUUACCAGCCAAUUCUAAUAAUAAUAAUGCAAAAUAACAGUUAUUAUUAGCUGAAAUGCCUUCCUCCAAAAUGAUUUUAGUUGCUGAUCCCUCUUCAAAUAGUUAUAUUUAAACACUCCCUUAAUAAGGUUCUUAUCAUCAUUCUUCUGAAGCAGUCACUCAAUAUGAACUAAAAAAUCAAAUUGAUAUAAACAAAAAAUUGGAACUUGAUUUAAAGAUUAGCAGAAUGGAGUAAGAAAGAUAGAAAAAAGACCUUGUUUCAUUACAGGAAUAGAUUCAAAAAUAUGAAAAUGAUACAACCACAGAAUAAGCUAAAAAAUCUGUUGAUUUGAUAUUGAACUAACUCACAAAGCCUGCUAAUGGAAACUCACUUGCCACUGUUGCCCAAGAACUAUAAAAGCUCCAAAAGAUACUUUCGGAAAAAGAAGCAAGUCCAAAAAAAACACUUCUUAAAAUUCAAUAAGAAACUUCCAAUCUCAAGUAAUAGGAGAUUAUUAAUAAAUUAAUGAUUAAACCAAGCAAAUCUAAUAAUUAGCUUAAUCCUCCACCAUAUAAAAAAUAAAAAUAAAAAUCUGUAGAGGAUUUAUGGAAUUGA